AUGCCACCUUUGAAAAUACCUUUUCCAUGCACAGAGCCGAAGACAGAGAUAGCGCGUGCCAAAGUGCUGGAGAGAAUACCACUCAGCGAGCAGCGGUAUCAUGGCGAGUUCAUUCAGCCGCUAGUUCAAGCUGCCUUGCGGGAUAUUAAAUCGAAAUACUGCGCUGCUGGUCGACCAUGGUGUCUUCCACGUCAGGUCAUUGAUGAAAACCUCAAGCUAAAAAGGUCAUCGGAAGAUGGCAUUGGCCAUGAUCCACCGAAGAAGCGGCACUAUGAGAGUUUGGUUGACUCCAAGUUGAAUGUGCACAGUCACGAGGCGUUUGGCUCAGAGUCAAGUGAGAAUUCUGCGUUUUCACAACUAGGGCCCCCGGUUAUUCUAUCGACUACGUCCGUCAAUAGCUUCGACACGCCUGCGGACAUACAGGGCAUCGUGAAGAACCCCUCCUCGGAUGCCGCGGUUCUUGCGAUCCAGACAACCCGUCAUGGAAAGAGACCUAAUGAGCCUGCAGAAUAUGUUAUUCCACCUAAAUCGACCUUUGUAUGCUGCACACUCCCUCUCUCGCAGCCCAGUGCCAGGUAUCCCUCCGAAGUAAUGGCGCUUGACCAUCCAAUCCCAAGCAUUCCUGCUAGUCAAACCUUCAAUCUAAUUCUUUUCGACUCCCCCUGGCCGAACAAAUCAGUCCGGCGCAGUUGUCACUACCAGGUAGUAAAUGAAAUGGAAGUUCUUACCCAAAGAUUGCUGGAUAUCCUGCGAGUGCAUUCCUAUCGCCGGACUAAUGAUAACAUAGCCUGGAAUCCAGACAUGGCUGCUACGUCCAGCAGGUCUUUUCACAGCCAGGAGUCUCUGGCGGCUAUUUGGGUGACCAACUCGGAGAAAUCCAGACGAGCUGCCUAUGAAGCACUGAUGCGCUCUGGCUUUGAGAUCUACGAGGAAUGGAUUUGGAUUAAAAUUACCGUCGACGGAGAGCCAGUGUCCCCCUUGGACGGGCUCUGGAGAAAGCCGUACGAAAUUCUCAUCAUUGGACGAAGAAAUAAAUCCACCAUGGAUUCAGCAUCGAGUCACAACCUAAAUCCAGGGCCCAUUUCACAGGAGACAGAUUUACUGGGUCUUGAUCCUGCCAGCAUUCGCAGACGAGUGAUUGCGGCGGUACCAGAUCUUCAUUCUCGGAAGCCGAACCUGAAAUCUCUAUUUGAACAGUUGUUCUUCAAAACAGAUGGUCCAUUCGGUCCCAAAUCAGUGCACCAGCCAUAUUCGGCUCUGGAAGUAUUUGCUCGAAAUUUAACGGCUGAGUGGUGGGCGUGUGGUAAUGAAGUUCUGAAAUUCAACGCCCGUGAAUACUGGGUCGACUAUUGCGAGACGAACUAA